CAUGAGCUAACAUGUCAUUGGUACAGGUAAUGAGGUACUGAGUCAUCGAGCAGACUGUCACAUUCCAAAGUGAAGACUAGGAAUGUGUGGGUUCCCAAGUUUGCUUUAGAGGAGUCUUUCUCAUGACACUGUAAAUCUUGUAAGUUUGGAAACCAGGUCUCUCCACCCUCUUCUUUUUGCCAGGCCUGAUCUGGUAGUCCUACCUCAAAUCUCCCAAGUAUUGGCAUCACAGUGAUCUUUGGGAACUCUUCACUGAAGUGACACAGCUCUUAGGGAGCUGUGCAUACAGGCAGGGGCAGCAGUUGGGAAAGCCAUCUUUAACUGGCACCCAGUGCUGCGGUUGUGCUGGCAAGUGCAUAGCAACUGUACAGCCAACCCAGUUCACUUGCCUGUCGUCAGACUCAUCUUCCUACACCUGUAGGCUGUAGGCAAGUGGACUGGGUUCCUUCCACAAUUGCUGUGACACUAAAGGAUAAAGCCAUCAGGAGAGAAAGAUGGCCACAGGACAGAAGUACGUAAUUUUCUCACGUUUAGAAUUCAAAAGAAAAUGAAUCUUAAGACUGUUUUAGUCCCCUUGUUUCUGUCAUGGGAAAAUGGGCCUUCAAAAGCCCAUUAAGUGAAGUUGGGUUUUAGAGAGCAGUUACCUCAUCCCUUGAUUUGGUUGAGAAGAACUAAAGUGACCAGGGAUGAGAAAAGCUGGCAAUGCGACAGCCAGGGCUGUUACACAGAGAAACUGUUUUUGGAGGGAGGAAGGACUGGGGAGAUGGCUUAGUGGUUAAGAACACUGGCUGUUCUUCCAGAGGAGCUGUGUUCAAUUCACCCACAUGGCAGCUCAGACUUGCCUAUUACUCAAUCAGACACACUCACAUAGACAAACAUGUAGGCAAAACACCACUGCCCAUAAAAUAAAAAUUAAAAAAUAAAGCAGAGUGUCUUCCUCAGCUACUAGCCACAAGACAGUCAAGUUGAAGGUGAGGUAAAGGCUCUUUAUUCCUAGCCUAACCCACACCCUAGCUGGUAAAUUAAUAGGGGUUCUGAAACCAGAUCAUGUUUUCUAUAAGCUUUUCCUCAGCCACGAGGGCUUGGUAACUGUCUGCGGAGAGAGCGGUUUUCUUUUCCUAGUGAUUUUGCUUGAGAUACAGACUUAUGGUUUCAUGGAGACCGAUUUCUUCUGUGCUGGAGACGGAACUCGAGGUCUCGCACGUUAUGCAAGGACUCUACCCCUAAACCACACUCCUAUUAUGAGACUUUGUUUUGUAUUCAGUGGAUUACAGGACAGGGAUCUAUUUGAAUCAUGAGGUGUAUUGACGUUCUGUUUCACUUGCUGUUUCUGUUUUAUACACUGCAAGUUCCCAAGCAACUCACAUUUGCAAACACAGCUAUGGAUCCACUGUUUGUCUUGACAAUAGUUACCUUGGAAUUUAGGUCGAGUUUUCUAUCUCCACUUCCCUGUUUCUUAAUCAUAUAUAACAUUUAUGGUAGCAGGUUGAGUUAAUGGUUUGUAGGAAGAAUGAGUGGUGAGGACCUGGUCACUCUGAACGUGGGAGGGAAGAUCUUCACAACAAGGCUCUCCACCCUAAAGCAGUUCCCCACCUCUCGGUUGGCAGGCAUGGUAGGUGGCAGAGACCCAGAGUUCAAGACAGUUAAUGGCCAGAUUUUUGUGGAUAGAGAUGGUGCUUUGUUUAGUUUCAUUUUAGAUUUUCUGAGGAAUCGUGAGCUCCUAUUACCGUCUGACUUUUCAGACUAUCUUAGGCUUCAGAGAGAGGCGCUUUUCUAUGAACUCGAUUCUCUCGUUGAGCUCUUAAGCCGGCACCUGCUACAAUCCAGACCUGCUCUUGUGGAGGUGCACUUCCUAAGCCGAAAUACUCAAGCCUUCUUCAGAGUGUUUGGCUCUUGCAGCAAAACCAUCGAGCUGCUAGCUAGAAGGAUUACAGUGUUUGUAGAGCAACCUACAGCACUGGCCCGGAGCGGUAACCCCUUCCCUCCUCAGGUGACUUUACUUCCACUGCCUCCACAAAGACCUUCUCACCAUGACCUGGUUUUCCACUGUGGCUCUGAUGGCACUAUUGAGAACCACGCUGGAGUCAGGUACAUUUCCAUAAAGCCUGAUAACCGAAAAUUGGCGAAUGGAACAAAUGUCUUCGGCUUGCUGAUCGAUACUUUAUUAAAGGAAGGCUUUCAUCUGGUCAGCACUAGAACACCAGCCUCUGGAGACAAAAGUGAAUGCUAUGUCUUUGAAAAGAUAAAACGCCCUCAAGUCCUUGGGGAGAAUAAAACACCAAAACCAGAAAAUACUACCAUACCACCGCCAUCCCAGAAAUAACACUGUAAAAAGAGUAAAGGGAACAUGUUCUUGUUUGGAAAUUCCAUACCUGGAGCAUGUGUGCCAUCAAAUUUGGACUUGGUCUGACUUUGGAUGUUCUCUUCUACCUGCCUUUUUGCCUUGGGCAACCCAGCCCGUCAUGCUUAAAGCUACCCUGCAGACUCUCUCAAAACAACACUGCACAGGGGGUUUAGCACUUGCUCCUUCAAGGCCUUUCACCAUGAAAUACCAUAGCUUUUAAAAAUGGGCUCUGGACUGUGUCUGAGCCUAGUUUAGUCAUUUAUUAGCUAUGUGGCUUAAGUGAGGCAUUUCUGUGUUUCAACUUUAUCUAUUAACUAGGGACAAAAGAGUAUCCCCCUCAUAGGUUAUAAGUGUUGGUUAAAGGGAACAAAGUUCUCAUUAUGUUGCCUGGCAUGUGGUAGGCACUCAGUAACUGUUAAUGAUAAUGAUCAUGGGUCACUUGCUUUCAAACCCAUCUCUUCUCUGAGGCCUUGUUUACCUUCCCUUUGUUUACCUGCAGUGUCAGUGACUGAAACCUCAUACAUGCUAAGUAUCCUUUAUGACUAACCUGUAUUCCCCAGCAGCUGAUCAUUCUGCUUAGACUUGUAUAUCAUCAUAAAACCAUGUUUCCCUUACAUAAAUGUUUGAGAAGUUUCUAAUGCUACUAUACAGUAUUGUGCUAAACUUAUAAAUCAUACAGUAUUUAAAUUUGGUGAAAAGUUUUAGAAUAACAUUUAAAGCAUACAUAAUGACUUAGUUUCUCUCAUUUUUUGUGUUAUUUUUUAAGCAAUAGGAUAACACCUAAAAUAGAAAUAACUUCAAAACUUCUAGUGUUUGCUUAUAGUCGAGUGAAAAGCUGUUAUAUGGAAAUACUUCAAAGUUUGUAAUUCAUUCAAGAACUUUUUUUUAAAAAAGAUAUUUGUAUUAGUUAGGGCUUCUGUUGCUGAGAUGAAAUACCAGGACCGUUGGGGAGGAAAGGGCUUAUUCAGUGUGUACUUCUGUGGGGGUUCCCUGUGAACACCAGGCCUGGCAAAGAAAGAAAUCCAGUUCAACACAACUUAGCCUGUGUUGGUUCAAAUGAACUUGAUACUGGGCAGUUUAUUUCAGUCAUAUUUAAGUACAUUACAACAUUGGGAAAAUAGUUCCUGGUGACAGUUAUCACAAUAAAGCUUAAGGGUGGCUACAUUAAAACUUUUUUGCAAAGUACAUAUAACUUCUUUAGUAAGAAUGGGUUCUAUAGCUUAAGGUCCCAGGGGAGGAUCUGGUGUGGUCUAGGUCAUUACAGAGGUCACCAGGCUACAAAGUACAUGUGACAUCUCUUCUAGGGACAGGUUCUGUUGACUGAGAAAUAAAGGUCUAGGGCAGAAGAGUCUGGGAUAAGCAUCAAAGUCUGGGAUAAGCAUCAAAGUCUGGGAGAUGGGAGAUUCAGGUGUGGCCAGGCCACGAGAUUCUUGUUUUAAAGAGAAGGAACAAAGUUGAGUGGGUAGGGUAUAUAGGGAGGUAGGAAGCAUCUGCAAGGAACUUGGGGAGAGGAAAACAAAAAUACAGUAUGGAAAUUUUUUUUCAAUAAAAUGUUCAGGGGGUAAAAGUAUUCAGUAGAAAACUAUCAACUACUGACAUGACACAAAAUCAUUUAUAAAGAAGGAAAUACACACAGAAAGUACUACACAUAGUGGCACAUGAUUGCAGCCCCAGCUCUGGGAAACUGAGACAGAAAGGAGGACCCCAAAUUUAAGAGAUCCUUGAACUGUGUUUGCUGAGCUACAGAGUGAUGAUAAUAAUAAAAGAAUCAAACACAUAUGAAAAAUGAACACGAGCAGAGACACUGAGUAGUCUCAGUCCCCAGAACCUGUCCACGCAGUCUUCCAUAGCAAAAGGUUUGCACUGUGAGCCUCAUCUCUGGGCCCACCGUGGGAGCUGAGAGGACUGCAGCCAUUAUAUUUGUUUCUAGGACAGGAGCACUUAGUUACCUGGCUUACAAAAGAUUUUAUGUUAAAAGCCUGGCAGUGGUGGCACAUACCUUCAAUUCUAGCACUCAAGAGGCAUAGGCAGGCAGAGCUCUGAGUCUGAGGUUAGUCUGGUUGUCUACAGAGUGAGUUUCAGGACAGCCAAGGCUACACAGAGAAAUCAUCUUCAAAAUAAAACAAAAAGUUCUCUGUUAAAGAUCAUCGCAUGGAAGCUAUGGUGAACCUUUAGUUCCAGAAAGACAACCCCAAGAUGGUGCAAGCCUUCAACAUGGAGGAUGGGGGACUUCUGAUGGGGCUCACAGAAAAUACAACAAAGAGACUGGAGGCAAUGUGGAACCUCUGAUCCAUCAAGAGAAAAGAAACAAUGUGCAGUUUUGAUGUUGCACCCCAGCAUGUUGUGAUGUUACCUGAUCAUUGUGGUGAUGGGAUGUGGGCCACUUCCCGCCGCCCUGCUCUUGGCCACUGGCUAGCUUAAAACCCGAAAUAACAACACACAAAUUGUAUUCUUUUAAACACUGCCUGGCUCAUUAGUUUCAGCCUCUU